AUGAUACUCUUUGCUUUGGUCAUCUCGUUCUUCAUGGUCGUGCUUGAAGGCGCAGCUGUGGGAAAUGCAUCACCCACCAUCGCGAGUGACCUUGAUAUCUCCCAAUUUGCAUGGAUUGGAACAGCGUAUGGCCUAUCAUCCACUGCCCUUCUGCCUUUGAGCGGUGGACUGGCCCAGAUCUUUGGUCGGCGGCCAGUAAUGCUCGUCUCCCUCGCUAUAUUCGCCGUAGGUGGCGCGCUUUCUGGCGCUUCCACAGGUUCAGCAACUCUGUUUACUGGUCGCACCGUCCAAGGGUUGGGUGGCGGAGGCGUACUGACAUUGAGCUCAAUCAUACUGUCGGAUAUCGUCGCGCUAAACGAGCGUGGGCUGUACAACGGCAUUCUUGGUCUGUCCGUGGCCUGGAGUGCGGCAUCCGGUGUGGGUCCCGUAAUUGGCGGAUCGUUUGCACAAAAUGGGCACUGGCGCUGGCUUUUCUACAUGAACAUACCCUUCGCGGGUCUUGCUGCUGUGCUGGUACUGUUCUUUGUUAAGCUCCCAACUCCGCCGGGAACUCUGAGGUCGAAGCUCGAGCAGAUAGACUGGAUCGGGAAUGCUCUCGUCAUGGGGAGCACGACAGCUAUUGUGAUCGGAAUGACUUGGGGCGGCGUUGAUUAUGCCUGGUCUUCUGCGCAAGUUUUAGUCCCACUCAUCGUAGGUGGGGUUGGAUUGGUACUAUUCUUAUUGUAUGAGGCCCUGUGGGCAAGAAAUCCGCUCAUUCCCUUGUCUCUUAUUCUCAACCGCACUAGUAUAAGCGGGUUGAUCCAGACCGGUCUCCUUUCUGUGCCUCUCACGGGGCUUAUGUAUUACCUCCCGGUGUACUACCAAGCCUGCAUGCUUGCCUCGCCCAUCCGCGCUGGCACGCUCGUCUUCGGCGUGGCAUUCACCGUCGCGCCUACCACGAUCGUCGCCGGAGCCAUGAUCACCGUCACAAAGCGCUACCGCCCGCCGAUCUGGUUCGGCUGGGUUCUGCUCCUCGCCGGCCAAGGCCUCCUCACCACCCUCACCGCGACGAGCUCGAAGGCAAUGUCCAUCGGGUUCCAGAUCCUCACCGGCAUCGGCAUCGGUGCCGUCUAUAGCUCGACGUACUUCCCCGUCCUCGCCCCGCUGCCCGUAGAGCAGAACGCACCCGCGCUCGCCCUCUACGUCUUCCUCCGGAGCUUCGCCCAGAUCUGGGGCGUCGCCAUCGGCGCGACUGUUCUCCAGAACCAGCUCUCCUCCCGGCUCCCUCAGGCGUUCCUCGCGACGCUGCCUAGCGGCGCGGGCGUUGCCUACUCCGCAAUCCCCGCGAUCCCUGCCCUCGCGUCGCCGCUGAGGGAGGAAGUGCAGGCUGCGUUUGCUGGGAGCCUGGACGUGCUAUGGCGCGUGCAGUGUGCGCUGUCUGCUGUCGGCGUGUUUGCGAGUUUGUGGAUGAAGGGCCUCCCGCUUCACACGGAAACGGAUAGGAAGUGGGACGUGACGGCGGCGGAGACAGAGAAUGAGAAGUAG